AGUGAUUUUCACACAUCUGUUUGGGUUUUGUCUGCCUGACCGAAGAAUAAAGGCACCAACGUGAUCCUCUUGAUUGUGAUCGCAAUCAGGAGCAUUACUGUUGUUGCUAAGUUAAUCCUGUUAACUGGGCGGUUCUUGAGCCGAGUAGAAGUGUUUCAAGAAACCCGUUUAGUGAUAGCAGUCCAAGGCAAAAAUGAUAAUGGAUCUCAAGCUUUGCAUCUUCAUUGCCCUGACCAGCUGUCUGCUCGGGAGAGCCGAAGAGGCCCGCAGUCAUCCAGGAGGGCUUCAUCUAGAGCCACAGAUCGCCAUGUUGUGUGAUCCGAAGGAGAAAUUCAUCAAUAAGCGCAUCGAUGAAACCGGGAAGUGGGUGACAGACUGGGAACAUAAGGCGACAUGCAUUGAAGACAAAGUCGACAUUCUGGAGUAUUGCCGGAAGGUAAGUUUUUCAAUUGCUUUAUCGUACGAAGUUCAGCGUCGGACGUCGUGA